GCAAACCGCUCUGUGUGCGCCAGCCCCUUUUUCUUCUCCAUGUUAAAUAUCCUAAUCAGUCGGGGCUGACUAUUCAUCCCACCCCCUCUCUCUUUCCCUCCUGCUCACCCCCUCCUUCCUCUUAUUAUUGGAGCCUGAUGUUUGGGUUAGGUUUUCGUCACGUGAACACCUGCUGUUAGUAAAAAAGAGAGCCAGCACGAUCUGAUAGUUUGUAGAUUCACAGGCAGCUUUGGAGUAAAGUCUGCAAAUCGGAAUUAAAAUACAUUUUCAGUGCUGCCUUUCGCUGGGGAAAAAGAAGCAAAAGCCUCAAAUCCAUGCUUCCAACUUUUACUCCGGAAGAGGCGAACAUCGUGUAAAGAAGAAGAACAAAAACUGUAACAAAUACCGGCAGGAUUUCUCUCUCUCUCUCGUUGGCCCGGAUAUUUGCUGCACUGUUUUUAUCUUUGGGAUUUUUCAAGUCGAAGGACGUGGAGGAGAAGCACAAUCGCAGUGUUUGCUCUGUUUACAGUGGGAUUUGGUCACUGACUUAAAGGGGGUGGAAAAAACUUUUUACUGCAAAUCUGGCUCGCAUCCACUGGUGGAAAAUUAAACUCAAACAAUCCAGAAUCUUUAUGUUGCUCGUGAAAUAUAUCCAGGAAACCCUUAGAAAGUCCAAGAGCGUGAAGAGAGAAAACAACGGCAGCAAGCUCCCGGCUUGCUAUGAGAUCGUAACGCUUUCGCUUGGUAAGAAGAUGGCUGCAGAGUUGUAUCCCUCCAAACACAGCAGCAAUAACAGUAGCAGCCUGCAGUCCAGCGAGAACAGCAACAGCAGCAGUACCAGCUGCCCGAGCAACAAUCUCAGCGGCAGCAACUCCAAACGCAGCCUCCAGCUCCGCCAAGGCCAGGAUCAAAAUCUCAACAACAACCACAUCCACAACAGUAACUGGCAAUCCUUUUAUCCUACCCUCCGCGAAAGAAAUGCGAUGAUGUACAAUAACGAACUGAUGGCCGAUGUGCAUUUUAUCGUAGGUUCUCCGGGAUCCACACAGAGAGUUCCAGCUCAUAAGUACAUUCUGGCAGUCGGCAGUUCCGUUUUCUAUGCCAUGUUUUAUGGAGAACUCGCUGAGGAUAAACCCGACAUCCAUAUUCCAGAUGUGGAACCCGCGGCUUUCCUAAUUCUGCUAAAGUAUUUGUACAGUGAUGAGAUUGACUUGGAAGCAGACACAGUGCUGGCUUCACUGUAUGCUGCCAAGAAGUAUAUUGUCCCAUAUCUGGCAAAGGCUUGUGUUAACUUCCUGGAGACCAGCUUGGAGGCAAAGAAUGCCUGUGUCCUUCUGUCCCAGAGUCGGCUCUUUGAGGAGCCUGAGCUGACUCAACGAUGCUGGGAGGUGAUCGAUGCCCAGGCAGAGCUCGCCCUGAGGUCAGACGGCUUCUGUGAGAUCGAUCUGCAGACUUUGGAAAUCAUUCUGUCACGGGAGACACUCAACACCAAAGAGGUGGUGGUGUUUGAAGCCAUUGUGAGCUGGGCAGAAGCAGAGUGCACAAGGCAAGGGCUCCCUCCCACUGCCCGGAACAAGAGGAGUGUGCUGGGCAAGGCUCUCUACAUUGUUCGGAUUCCCACCAUGACACUGGAGGAGUUUGCCAAUGGGGCUGCGCAGUGUGACCUGUUAACCCUGGAGCAGACCCACAACAUAUUCUUGUGGUACACGGCCCUGAAGAAGCCGCAGUUGGAAUUCCCCACCACUAAGAGGAAAGGCCUAGCCUCCCAACGGUGCCACCGCUUCCAGUCAUCAGCUUACCGCAGCAACCAGUGGAGGUACCGGGGCCGCUGUGACAGCAUCCAAUUUGCUGUGGACAAGCGCAUCUUUAUUGCUGGGCUAGGGCUGUACGGCUCAAGUUGUGGCAAGGCAGAAUACAGUGUCAAGAUUGAACUGAAGCGGCAGGGGGUGGUCCUAGCUCAAAACUUUACCAAGUUCAUAUCGGAUGGCUCCAGCACCACUUUCUCUGUCUGGUUCGAGCACCCGGUGCAGGUGGAGCAGGACACUUUCUACACUGCCAGUGCCAUCCUGGAUGGUAAUGAGCUUAGCUACUUUGGACAAGAGGGCAUGACAGAAGUGCAGUGUGGGAAAGUGACAUUUCAGUUCCAGUGUUCAUCGGACAGCACUAACGGCACAGGGGUACAAGGCGGGCAGAUUCCCGAACUUAUUUUCUAUGCAUGAACAGAAAAUGCUCAGACCUGCCUCCCCUGAAACUAAAACAAAAGAUGUUUUGCAUCCAACUGCUGCUAACAGAAGGGAGCACAGCAAGGAUUCAGACUUCCUGCUGCUUCAACCGAUUAAUAUAUUAAACUCCACGCGUGGUCCUAUUACAUCAAGAGUCAGGCAGAGUCAAACCAUCUUUAAACUUUGAAGGAAUGUUUGAUUGUAAAUUAAUUUUAUUUAUUUAUAAUGCCUAGGACGUUGUUAUUUGACUUACUGAAGCUGCAAGGGGCAGUGUUCAGUAGUGCACUCCUUUUUGUACAAAUGUGCUGUUUAAAGUGGCUUGAAGCUGACCAAUGAAUGACAUGUUUUAACGCCUCCAGUGUACUUGCAAGUAAUGAACUGUACAGUAUAAAGAUUUUUACAUGGUUA